GAAGAAACGUGAAUGUACCAUUUAGACUUUGCCUUGCCAUCUACUGUAUAGCAUUAUAUGAGUACUGGAGUGAGAAGUCCAAUCCACGGUUCUGUGGAAAGGAAGCAUCUCCAAAGCAAAGGGGGAGUUUAGGUAACUCAGCCAAGAUCAGCCAGUUUCGGUUGGAAAGGGCCAAUUUGGGCAUAUCAGCAAGCAAUAGUUUCAACUUUCCUUUUAAUGAGGAACUUCUCGGUCCUGUUUCGGGGGAAACCGCUCCUGUAGAACUGAAACAUGACUGCAGAGCAGACAAAGCAAUACACAGGACAGAUGGCAACGAUAACAGCAGUGGUGCUAUUGUCAGCAGUUGUGGUGAUAAAACGUACUACUGGAAUGCACUCUGUGGAAAUGAGCUGUCUGGUUAUCAACCUGGAGCACACAGACUGUACCUGGAAGCAGCACUUUCACCUACAGCUAAACUACACCUUCCAGAGCCGGCUGGGUUCCAGAUGGCCCUUCCAUGACUGCCCCCAGUACCUGCAUCAGGGGGGUUACAACGUGGGCUGCAGACUGCCAUAUGAAAGAGCCGAUAGGUUUUUUUCACUGCACACCAGACUGUCUGAUGACAACAAUGUCACAAAGGAACAGACCAUUGAAAUGAAAAAGCGGGUGAAACUCAACCCACCGCUUAACCUCUCUAUGGUGGUGAACAGUACAAACCUGGAGCUCUGGUUAUACUGGAACACCAGCACAAAAAGCACCUGUACGGAGAGUGAAGUGCGCUACAGGAAGGAGGGCGAUCAGUGGCAUUCUGUUUCCACUUCGAUGUCGGCUACAUCGUACAGCUUGCCUCAGAUUUCCCUGAAGCAUCGGUAUGAGCUCCAAGUGAGGAUCCGGGUACCAAAUGCUUGUGGCCAGUCCAUGUUCUGGAGCGACUGGAGUGUACCGAUGUUCUGGGGCAACACAACAGUCACCACCCCCGUCCCCUGGAAGGCUGUCUACUCAUUCAUAGCUGUAGUGGUUCUGGGCAUCUUGAUGGUGCUGAUCUACAUUACACAAGGAGAAAGAAUUAGAAUUAUCUUUGUUCCUGCUGUUCCCAACCCUGACAAGAACUUGGAGGACCUCUUCAAAACCUGCAAUGGAAACGUUGAGCAAGAAUCACUGACCUGCACGCCCUCAUCUACCUUGCCUCUGUGGGACUUGGCUGGCUCUGGCCACAGUGGAUGCUCUGAUUAACUGACAGAAUGCUGUUUUCUUCAGUCAGUUGCAGUGAUGACGAUCUGAGGAAUGACUUUCUGUUGAACAGAUGAUGUUGAAAUAAAGAUUAAAACUGGAACUAUC